AUGAAGGUCCCGCUGCCCAACAGAUUCAAGAUGCCCACCUUUGAGAGGUGUGAGAGUCUUUCCGACCCAAUCGACCACUUGGAUACCUUUAGGGUGCUAAUGCAACUGCAAGGCGCUCCUGAUGCCAUUAUGUGUCGAGCCUUUGCAGUAACCCUCAAGGGUAGCGCCAGAGAUUGGUACUGGACCCUGCGACCCAGAUCAAUCGGCUCCUUCUUGGAGAUGGAACAACUAUUCACCAGCCAUUUCCUCAACAGUCAGAGGAUUGUCAAAACAACAUCUCACCUAAUGAGCAUGGUCCAGGGAGAGAGGGAGACACUAAAGAAAUUCAUGCAUCGCUUCAACACGUCAACCCUGGAGGUCUGCAAUCUAGACAUGGGAGUGGCAUUGGCAGCCCUAACCACAGCUCUCCAACCUGGAAGCUUCCUGUACUCAUUAGGGAAAAACCCACGGGUUGAUAUGGGGGAGUGGAUGGCCCGAGCGCAAAAGUACAUCAACUUGGAAGAGAUGAUGGACACUAGGGGAAGCCACAUUGAGUUUAAGACGAAAGGGAAUAGCCAGGAGAUGGGUGAAUCCUCCAGGUUCGCAAAAAGGCAUGAGAACGCAAUGCUGCUUGCCAGCCCUAACAUGAUACGGCAAUUUAGUAAGUUCUCCACCUAUACACCCCUGAAUAUACCGCGUUUUGAAGUACUGAUGCAAAUAAGAAAGAAAGAUUAUGUCUCGUGGCCCAAACCCAUGCGAACUCUCCUGUAUAAACAAAACAUGUCUAAGUUUUGCCAAUUCCAGAAGGAUCGCGGGCAUAACACAAAGGAGUACAUUCAGUUGAGAAACAAAAUUGAAGCCCUAAUAAAAAGGGGAUACCUAUCAAGGUUUAUCAAAAAAGAAGAUCUAACGAGGGAACCUCGCGAGCAAAAAAGACCCAACGCAAACGACAAGGAAGAACAAGUCAUAGGGGAAAUUGCAGUGAUCUUCGGAGGAUCUGCUAGUGGAGGAGACAGCGGAGGGGAUCACAAAAGGUACGCUAAACAAGUGCUCUCAGUAGAAAAAGGGGAACCAAACAGCAAAAUAAACAGACAAGGUGAAGAUAUCAUCUUCGACAGCCGAGAUGAAGAAAGGGUACAGCAACCGCAUGAUGACGCAUUGCUACUCUCCUUGUUGGUAGCAAACUCAAAGUCAGGCACGUAUUAA